CAAACGCGCAUUAAAAUUUUCAUGAAAUCAAACUGUAUAAUUUUUUGAAAUCUAUUUUUCAAUGUCUAUGGUUUAUCUGCCGUGAAAAAGUAAGGUUAUGUUUAAAGUUGUGUCACGAUUUUGACAGUAAAAAACAAACGUGUUUUCCCUUGAUUUUUAGCAAAAUUCCGACGUAACAGCACAAGGUUUAUACGGAAAGGACACACCAUGUUGAUACUAGGCAAAAUGUAUAAAACACGGUAUUUUAAGUUUAAAAACGUAAUACACCGUAAAGUGUAUACAAGGGAUACCCUACCGUCGUCUACAAAAAAAAUUUACAAGCCCAACCCGGAUAAAAUUGCGCCAAAGAGGAAAAAUAUGGAGGGUAGGUUUGAGAAGACCGUCACAGGGUUUCGGAGGAACAAAUUGGGGAUACAAAUGUUGUCAAGGGCGUUGUAUGACCAAAUAUUCCCUGAGGGGGAUAAUACCAAGGUAAAUUCAGAUGUUAUAGAGAAAUGUAUCAAGACUUUGGAGGAGCAAAACAUGAUUUCCAAAGAGGAUGAUUUUUUACAAGAUGUCGAUAUUAAGUUGCCUAAAUUACAAGGUAAAAAUAUUGAGGAACAUUUCUAUAACAUUGCUAAGGAACAGGCAGAGCCUUACUUGAAGUUAGUAGGGGGAUUAAUAGGGGAAAUUCCCUUAAAGCCAAAGUUGUGGGUGUUACAAUCAGGCUGGACACAGUAUAAAGAUGGGGAAAUACCAAUAAAAGUACCAUAUCCUCCUGAGGAAGCCUUAGUUUUUGAUGUUGAGGUGUGUAUGGCAGCUGGUAAAGCCCCUACAUUGGCUACAGCUGUUAGUAAUUCAGCCUGGUAUGCCUGGGUGAGUCCUACAUUGGUUGAAGGUACACAUAAACCUGUUACCAGUCAUAGCUACACUGAAAACAUUCUAAUAAACCUUGAAAGUACUGAAAAAGACUCGGGAUUGAAAAUAUCCAGUCACAUGGCAAAACCUAAGGUGGUGGUGGGACACAACGUCUCAUACGAUAGGGCCAAAAUCAGGGAGCAGUAUUGGUUGAAAAGUACGGGGACCAAAUUCGUUGACACGAUGAGUUUACACGUGUGCAUAGGUGGUUUAACCAGCUACCAACGCGCGGUGAUUAAAUCCGACAAAUUUAACGAUGAAGACGACUCGUGGAGAAGCUACAGCUCGCUAAACAGCUUAGUCGAAGUGUACAAGCUAUUCUGCGGCGAAUCUUUGGAAAAAGAGACUAGGAACCUCUUUGUGGAGGGCACCAUAAGCGAGAUAAAAGACAACUUCCAACUGGUCAUGGCCUACUGCGCGAACGACGUGACGGCCACGCACAAGGUGCUGCAAAAAAUGUUCCCCCUCUUUCGGGAACGCUUCCCCCACCCCGCCACGUUCUCGGGCAUGCUGGAAAUAGGCGGGGCUUAUCUGCCGGUCAACGGCAACUGGAGUCGGUACGUUGCGGAUUCGGAGCAGGCCUACGAGGAUCUGGAGAUCGAGGGGAAGGUUAUUUUGGCGAGGAGGGCCGACCAGGCUUGCCAACUUUCGCACGAUAACAUGUACGAGUGCGAUUUGUGGAUGUGGGACCAGGAUUGGGAUGUCAAAAACAUCAAGACCAAGAAGGUUCCCGCCAAGAAAAAGAAACAAGAAGAACCGCCGCAAGCACCCACCGCAAGUACCUCCGAAGAAGAAGAACCCGACCCGCUGCGGGAAAAAUUCGCACCCCUGUGGAACACCAAGGAAUACCUCUCGUCCGUGAAAACCCUCUUACCGGGGUACCCCAACUGGUACCGAAAACUAUGCACCAAACCAUCGAGCGGAAAAGACUGGGUGCCCGGGCCCCACCUGAUAAGCACGUCGAUGCAAAUAACGCCGAAAUUGCUGAACUUGACCUGGGAGGGGUACCCGUUGCACCACUUGAGGGAAAAGGGGUGGGGGUUCCUGGUGCCGUUCACGGACGACUUGAACGUAACCGACAGGCUGCCGUUGAAACAAUUGAUAGAGAAAUGCCCGUUGCUGAGCAACAAAGACGGCGGCACUCUGGAUUUCAACAGUCAAACCUUGCACAGCCAGGUGGAGAGGCAUUUAGGACAGAAGGACUUCUACUCGCGCGUUAAAAAGGACAAAACGCAGGGACUGUAUAAAGGCUCGGGCGUUUUUUGCAACACCGAAGUCGAGGAUUGCUGUUACUUCAUGAAGUUGCCGCACAAAGAUGGCGCUUCGUACAACGUAGGCAACCCGCUGGCCAAGGAUUUCCUGAACAAGUUUUCCGAGAACGUUUUGGCCGGGGAUACGGAGAGCGCCGAGAAAGUUUUGACGAUCGCCAGGAUGUUGUCGUAUUGGAGGAACAAUCGCGAUAGGAUCAUGGAGCAGAUGGUUGUUUGGUUGGAGCGCAGGGGGUUGCCGAAAAAUAUGCAGGAAAACAGCUAUGGCGCCAUCCUACCGCAAGUGGUGGUAUGCGGAACCCUCACGCGGCGCGCAUCCGAACCGACGUGGAUGACGGCCUCGAACGCGCACCGCGACCGCAUCGGCAGCGAGCUGCGCGCCAUGGUGCAAGCCCCGCCCGGCUACAACAUCGUGGGCGCCGACGUCGACUCCCAAGAGCUCUGGAUCGCCUCGGUGCUGGGCGACGCGCGCCACGCCCGCUUACACGGCGCCACGCCCCUCGGCUGGAUGACCUUGAGCGGCACCAAGAGCCGCGCCACCGACAUGCACAGCGUGACGGCCAAGGCCGUGGGCAUAUCGCGCGACCACGCCAAGGUCAUCAACUACGCGCGCAUAUACGGCGCGGGGCAGAACUUCGCCGAAAGGCUCCUGAAGCAGUUCAACCCCACCUUGACGCAGGCCGAGGCGCGCUCGAAGGCCACCAAAAUGUUCAACCUCACCAAAGGCAAGCGAAUUUACUUCAUAAAGCAAGACUACCGCCUGGAUUUCGCGGAUAUACCCUACGGCAAAUGGCAGGCCUUCGAAAUUGCCAAAGCCUGCGGUAAAAGUUUAAGCGAGAUGUUCCACGAAUCAAAAUGGGUGGGCGGGACCGAAUCCGCCAUGUUCAACUGUCUCGAGGAGAUAGCCAAUCAGGAUUCGCCGCGCACCCCCUUUCUAAACUGCCGCUUAAGCAGAGCCUUAGAGCCGAAAAACAACGGUGACGACCGGUUUUUGCCGACCAGGGUGAACUGGGUGGUUCAAAGCGGGGCCGUGGACUUUCUCCACCUAAUGCUGGUCUGCAUGAAGUGGUUGAUGGAGGAUAAGGUGCGCUUCUGUCUUAGUUUUCACGAUGAAGUGCGUUAUUUGGUGCCGGAGCAGCACAAAUACAUGGCUGCUCUAUCGAUGCACGUCACGAACUUACUGACGAGAUCUUUUUGCUCUUACAAGUUGGGCUUGAACGAUUUACCGCAGUCCGUGGCGUUUUUUUCUUCCGUUGAAGUCGAUACGGUGUUGAGAAAGGAGAGCAAGCAGGACUGCGUGACCCCUUCCAACCCGCAUGGGCUUACCAUGGGGUACAAUGUACCCAAUGGCGAGUCUCUGGAUAUACACCAAGCUAUUGAGAAAGCGAAACAGGAAAAUUUUUUGCUAUACAAAAAGUAAUGUCCAGGGCAACAAAACGAAAGCACGUCCUGAACGAAAUACUUCAGGACGACUAUUCCCUCCCCUCAGACAACCAGCAGAUCGUGAAAGUAGUCCAACCGAGAGGCAACAACUUGCACGAAGUUCAAGCGACAGAUGGCAGCACUUUUCUGGCGUCGAUGCCGAAUAAAUUCCGCAAGAAUGUGUGGGUGAAACGCGGAGACUACGUUCUUGUGGAACCCAUCGAAGAGGGGGACAAAGUCAAAGCUGAAAUGGUGAGGAUUUUAACGCAAGAUCACAUAAAGUACUUUAAGAAGGAUAAGGUUUGGCCCAGUGAGUUUGACGACAGUAAAAAGGACAGUGAGGGGGACGAUGAUAUUUUUGUUAACACCAACAGACAAGUGAUUAGUGAUGAGGAGGAGGACAGUGACAGUAGUGAUGAUGACAAUAUAAAAUAAAUUUUUUCGAAUCCACGCAUUUUUUUGUAUUUUUAUAUGGUUAAAGAAUACAGUGUGAUUUUCUGCAGCAUAGAAACAAG